GGAAUGUUCCCCGGAUGCAGUUGUGAUUGACUACACGGCUGGAAAGUUUCGCUGUAGUCGAGAGGUGCUGCUGCAGCCUGUGUGGUAGGUCGGUCUUAGGAAGGCAGCAGGACAGGAGACAGAAUGCAGACCAUAAAGUGUGUCGUGGUGGGGGACGGUGCUGUGGGUAAAACAUGCCUCCUCAUCUCCUACACCACCAACGCUUUCCCUGAGGAGUACAUCCCCACCGUGUUCGACAACUACAGUGCCCAGAUGACUGUAGACGGCCGCAGCAUCAGCCUCAACCUGUGGGACACAGCCGGACAAGAGGAGUACGACCGCCUCCGCACUCUCUCCUACCCCCAGACCAACGUCUUCGUCAUCUGUUUCUCCAUCGGGAGUCCUUCAUCCCAUGCCAACGUCCGCCACAAGUGGCACCCGGAGGUGUCUCACCACUGCCCCAGCGUGCCCAUCCUCUUAGUGGGGACCAAGAGUGACCUGAGGAAGGAUGGGGAGACGGUGAAGAAGCUGAAGGAGCAGGGUUUAGCGCCCACCACAAAGCAACAGGGGAACAGCAUGGCGAAGCAGAUAGGAGCGGUGAAGUACAUGGAGUGUUCUGCUCUGACGCAGGAAGGGGUCAGGGACGUGUUCACCGAGGCAGUACGGGCCGUGUUGUAUCCCGUUACCAAAAAGAAUGCCAAGAAGUGUGUACUGUUGUAAUGGAAGGGAGGGACUCGGCUGGGGAGAGAGAGUGAGGGGGGGAAAGGAGCGAGACAAUGACAGAGCAAGGCUGAGUUUGUUGGAGGAGAUGGACUCUGCCUCUCAGCCCCUUUGCCUGUAAAGACUCUUGAUUCAGCUCACUUCUCUCCUCUCAUUCUUCUAGCCCCCUCCUAUAUCAAAUCUGGAACUCAAAGCAAGUUCCACUGCUUUUUUCAUUCUUUCUCUCUAAUCAGGGACUGAUUUAGAUCUGGGACACCAGGUGUGUGCAAUUAAUUAAUUUUUUGCAAUGUUCGAAAGAUGCUUCUACUUAAUAAUCGGUCUAUUUUGUUUUCGUAUGAUCCCUUGCCUGAAGAUGUUUCUUAAUAUGCCAUGAUGACCGAUCCUCAACAUAGAGUGACCGGAUAGAGCUGGAGAGAUGAGCUCUGCCUUCGUAUGAGAGUAAUCACAUCCUCUCCAGUCAGCUAUUCAGGCUAUCCGUCAAGGACUGUUGAAACCACACCUGGAAAUAGCCAGUUCUGUGCAGCUCUCUGCUUUAGCUAGGUGUCCAGUUUACCUUCUUAAUGUCCCUUCAAAUGGAUAUUAGCCUAAUCCAAGUAUGAUACAAGGGCCAAAGCAAUGUGGUUGUGUGCUGAAAUUUAAAAAUCAAUGAAUCGAUUGGUUGGAUGAAUGUUGUGAGUUUGUAUGAUUAAUGCUGACAGGAAUGAUGGAACGACAGAGAUAUCAGAUUGUUGGUUCUGGUUAUUUAUGCCAAUUACAUUUUAUGUGCCUUAUUGUAAGAUAUUUUACGUUUAUUUUAUCUACCUUAUAUUGAUUAUUUGCUUUAGAAAACUGUUGAAUAGCUGGUGUGUGUGUGUGUGUGUGAGAUACUAGUCCCUGGCAGAGUUGAUUAGCUCAAUGUUACAUCCUCUCAGAAGAACCAAAGCUUUAAAUGAAACCAAAGCUUCUUUAUCAAAGUGCAAUGAAACCACUUUUUGACAUUACGCAAUGUUUCUGCCCUCUCAGCCUACUCAGAGACGGAUGUAGGCCUAUAACUGACAUCAGAGAAGUGGUGUGAUCUUGUGUUCACAGUCCUUAGCGUUUGCCACUAGAAUGUGGUUUAUGCUUCAACCUAUAUAAUGCUGGUAAAUGGAGUCUAGGGUUUACUGGCUGUGAUAACUGACAAUAAUUACAACAUGAAAUGGGGCUAAGAUUCAAAUAACAUUAUUUUAUUAUUGUGGCUGAUUUUUUAUUUUUGCAUGAUUUUAUUAAAUGAAUGAAACAUGGCCGGUAUAGCCUGGAAAUUGAUACGGUAUCAUACUGAAAAUGUACAGGGUCAGACCUUCCGAAGAUCUAUGUAAGGUGCAUCACAAAUGGCACCCUACUCCCUAUUUAGUUCACUACUUGGUCAAAAGUAGUGCAUUAAAUAAGGAAUAGGAUACAAUUUGUGACUCAUUCCUAUUUUAUAUAAUCUUUUUAAAAAAUCAAUAUAUUCAGGUGUUCAGCUGGAAGUUUUAAUAUAAACUAAACAGUAACCAAUCAUGGGAGUUCUCUCCUAGGUAGGGAGAGAGAUGCAAAUUAUUGUUUUUGCGAAAAAACCUCUGUGUGGAAGAAACAUGUCACUCCACCUCUCAAGUUCUAGAGGGAGUUUACUUUAUUCUGUCAUGUGGAGGUCCUUCAGGGCUUCGUGGAAACAGAUGUCGGUUGGACAGAUCGCUGCAACUGUGUUGUGUAGAGGGUUUAAGAGAAUGAAAGCGUACGUCCUGUGGGCUGCUUGUUGUGCUGCCGUGGCCUGAUUUCACUCUGAACAUGCUGUCGAAACAGAACACACACCUGUGGCCUUUUCGUCUGCAUCUUACAGCUAGCUGUGUGUGUGUGUGUGUGUGCCAUGGUGUGUGUGUAGGCCAAAGCUUGAUGAUUAGUUGAUUAUUUGAAU